CCGAGGCCGCGGCAUCCCCGCCCCGGGGCGGGAGGACUCGUUCCAAACUCCCUGAACUUCGGGGACAGUUCCGGUAGCCGUGAAACUCCGGGUUGGCAUCCCUGCCCGGGAACCCCCACCCGCGCGGGUUCCCUGCACGCCUCCCGGCGCCGAAGCCCUUCCCAACACGUGCCUGCCCUCUGAGGGCCUUGGGGCCCCAGGCGGAGCUGACGGUCCCCAGACCCGUGCCGGGUCACGAUGCUCAUGAGAAAAGUGCCGGGCUUCGUCCCGGCCUCCCCGUGGGGGCUGCGGCUGCCGCAGAAAUUCCUCUUCCUCCUCUUCCUCUCUGGCCUGGUCACCCUGUGCUUCGGGGCCCUCUUCCUGCUGCCCCACUCCUCUCGCCUCAAGCGCCUCUUUCUGGCCCCCAGGGCCCAGAAGCCCGGCUUGGAGUUGGUGGCUGAAGUAGGCGGACGCUCUCCGCCCGGUAAACAGGAGCCGCCUCCCAACCCGGCCCUGGCCGAGCCGGCCCUGGGCGCCCGCCACAACCGGGUCAGUCCCCGCCGCAAGGAGUGGAUGCGGCGCGCCCAGCACCUCAAGGAGUGGAUACCGCGCGCUCGCCCCACCGAGGAGCACAUCCCCACCACGGCCUCGAGCUCCUUGCUCAGAUUUGAUUUCGAAGCGUUCCAGAGACGCCUCCGCCACCCGGUCCUUGGAACGAGGGCUGAGAGUACAGAGCCACAGAGCCCAGUGCGAGCCCAGCGGGAGAAAAUCAAGGAGAUGAUGCAGUUCGCCUGGGCCAACUACCGGCGCUACGCCAUGGGCAAGAACGAGCUCCGGCCGCUCAGCAAGGACGGCUACCAGGGCCACAUAUUCGGCGGCCUCAACGGGGCGACCAUCAUCGACUCCCUCGACACCCUCUACCUCAUGGAGUUGAAGGAGGAGUUCCAGGAGGCCAAGGCCUGGGUGGAAAACUACUUCCACCUGAACGUGACCGGGGAAGCGUCCUUGUUCGAGGUGAACAUCCGCUACAUCGGAGGGCUGCUCUCGGCCUUCUACCUGACAGGGGAAGAGGUGUUCCGCAGCAAGGCCAUCCAGCUCGGGGAGAAGCUGCUGCCGGCCUUCAACACGCCCACGGGGAUCCCCAAGAGCGUCGUGAACUUCAAAAGGGGGAACUGGGGCUGGGCCUCCACGGGCGGCAGCAGCAUCCUGGCCGAGUGUGGGUCUCUGCACCUCGAGUUCCUGCACCUCACCGAGCUCUCUGGCAACCAGAUCUUCGCAGAAAAGGUCAGGAAGAUCCGCAGGGUCCUCAGGGAGAUGAAGAAGCCCUAUGGCCUCUACCCCAACUUCCUCAGCCCAGUGACCGGGAACUGGGAGCAACACCACGUCUCCAUCGGAGGACUCGGGGACAGUUUUUAUGAAUAUCUGAUCAAAUCCUGGCUGAUGUCCGCCAAGACCGACACGGAGGCCAAAGUCAUGUACUACGAGGCCCUGGAGGCCAUAGAGAUGUACUUGCUGAAUGUCUCUCCCGGGGGGCUGACCUACAUCGCCGAGUGGCGAGGGGGGAUUCUGGACCACAAGAUGGGGCACCUGGCCUGUUUCUCGGGGGGCAUGAUCGCCCUCGGCGCUGAGGAUGCCAAGGAAGAAAAGAGGGCCCACUACCAAGAGCUCGCAGCCCAGAUCACCAGGACGUGCCACGAGUCAUACGCCCGCUCAGACACCAAGCUGGGGCCCGAGGCCUUCUGGUUCAACUCCAACAAGGAGGCGGAGGCCACGCACGAGGGCGAGAGCUACUACAUCCUGCGGCCCGAGGUGGUGGAGAGCUACAUGUACCUGUGGCGGCUCACGCACGACCCCAUCUACCGGGAGUGGGGCUGGGAAGUGGUGACGGCGCUGGAGAGGUACUGCCGGACCCAGACGGGCUUCUCGGGGAUCCACGACGUCUACAGCACGGCCCCCCGUCACGACAACAAGCAGCAGAGCUUCUUCCUGGCCGAGACGCUCAAAUACCUCUAUCUCCUGUUCUCUGAGGACGACACGCUCUCCCUGGAAGACUGGGUGUUCAACACGGAGGCCCACCCACUGCCCGUGAACCACUCGGACAGCUCUGGCAGCACCCGGCGCCCAUAUUGACCGUCCCCGCCGCUCUGGGCGCUCAACAAUGCCUGGCCUCUCGGGGACCCAGGGGACCCGGGACUGCUCCCCCAGGGACGGGAACGCAGGCCCAGCCCCAGGCAGACCCUGGACAGACGACUGGCCACUAUUUUUCCUCUGUGAGGACACAGGACCUGGAGUCUCAGCGAUGUCACGAGGGCCGCGGUCACACCGGUGUGACCGAGGCCAGACAUUCCUUUCUAUGGAGAAUUUCUACGAAACCCACCCCCUCGCCAUCGGGGCCAUCGCCGUCGGCACUCUGACCCCGAGUGUCCAUUCGCUUCCUAGAGUUUGGGGUUUUCUUGUUUGUUUGUUUUGUUUUUGCUUAAUUUGCUUUUCCUUGACACUCGAGCCUCUUACGAUGAUGAAUAUCGUUUUCAAAAAUCCCGUGCUUGCUCCACAGAGCCCUCCCGAUCAGGGACGUGGUGGGCAGCCCCACGCGGUCCUGACCCUCCUCUCAUUCCACCACCUGCUGCCCAGCGCUCACCUGGUCAACCACGGGUCAUUCACCUUAGGGUUUUGAGGAGGGGCUCCCUUUGAUUUGGGCCUAAGUGUUACAGAUCAUUAGUGCUACUUCCAUUAUUGUCAUGGAAACCUGUGAACUAGAAUAAAGGAGUUUAUUGAAUAAGAAAUAAGAUUGGGCUCAUUGCACACCAGUGAUGCUGGGGAAAGUGCCACCACGUCCUCAUCAGAAAGAAGAACCAACCAGCAGUGGAUCUAAGGUCUAAUUUAGUGAACGAUUUCGACUUGUAUUACUUUCCCUUAAAUGGGUCUGAAUACAUUCAGGAAGCGUGAGGCUGAUCCUUUAGUUAAAGUUGGGGAUUUAGACUCAGAUUGAGGGUUGGAGGAAGCCCAGAGAGGAGCAGCAACUUGCCUGAGGUCACACAGUCACACAGAGGUAGUUUCCUGGCCACCCUGGGCCUCUGUUCAUGGACUGUCAUUCGGCAGAUGCUUGGUGAGUGUCUGCAGUGCUGGCCUCGAGGACAGGGACACGGCCAAGUGCAAGACAGUCAUAAGCCUGAAGUCAAGGAGGCGGAUCAUAAAGGCAACCUUGAGCUGGGUGAGGGGCCUGCAGGUGUAGGCACAGGAGACGGGGUGGGCUGAGCCAGCCGUGGCCAGGACCACUCUUAGGGGCCUAGGGGUCCCCUAGGACAGAUGACUUUCAAACAAGACCUCAAGAUGAGUAGGUGCAGCCAUAAGAGUAUGCAGCACCCCGCAAGCCCAGACCCCCUUCCCACCCUCCCGGUACCCACCACUGCCCCCAGGAGGCCCUGAGACCAUGGGCAGGGCAAGGAGCUCGUCCCCACACUGAAGCGAGUCUCGCUCACAACCUGUCCCACGGCUCGAGCCACAGCAUGAUGCUGAGCCCCUCCCUGUGGCUCUGCUCUUUUCCUUUGUUCUGGGGACUCAGCCCCCAGAAUCCUCUUGAGCAGAGCUGUGGGGGCACAGUCCCCACAGCAGGAACCCCGGGGGCCUCGGGGAAAUAAGUCGCUGCAGUCUCGCUAGGCCCACUGCAGGUACUAAAAAGCAAAACAAGGAAACCCACUGCACAAACACUGUAGAAAGGUCAGGAUAUAAAGAGAAGCAGGAAGCAAAAAUCACUCGCCAUCCUACUCUCCAGAAUGAAUACUGUUAUAUUUUCCUCUAGAUCUUUUUCUACGAAUAUAUAGAAUAUAUAUUUUGCAAACAUGGUAUCAUCCUAUGCAUACUGUUUUCUUAUAAUCUGCUUUUGCACUUAACUAUACAAUGUGAACCUCUUUCCGUGUCAACAAAUAUACAUUUAUGUCAUCACUCUGC